UCUAAUUUACACGCUGUGAGUUUAAGAUCUGGAGAUAUUAAUUAAUACCUGUAAUACGGUCGGUGGUUGUAGUGGUAAAGGAAUUUUAUCAAUCUUAUCAAACUGUGCAUUGAAACAUCAAGCAAAAGGGUCAUGAAGGAAUACUUGGGAAUUAGACAUUAAAAACCAGCAGGGUAGCUUGGUUGUGAUAUGAAAACUACAUGUACACUCAGUACUAGUGUGAAUAUAUUCGCGCGCUAUUCCCAUUGGUUUAGGACACUUUCCAAACAAUUAAGGGUCUCUCUUUCACUUUUGUUGUAGCGGACUGUUGAAGAGGAAAGCAAUUUGCUGGUACAUUGUAGGCCUACAUGUACCUGUGUAUGUGUACGUGUAUACUGUAAACGAGAUACUGGUGCGGAUUGUCCUCCUAACCACCCGCAUUAUUUGAGUGACAGUAUUGCAACCAGCUGGUGAGAGAGAGAAGGAACUAUCAACAUCAGCUGCUUUUAUUUGCGAGAUUUAAUUGGGAAAAGUAACUUGCAGAUUACAGGAUAUAGUACAUGUUUUUCUAUUCUGCAUUACCACUGAUACCGCACUGAGUGUACCAGCAUAAUGUCGAGGAGUACACUUUUGUAACGAAAAAAAAAAGACGAUGAAAGUUUGCUGAAAUCAUACAUUAACCAGCAUUGUUUACAGAUAGCAGACGGCAGUUGAUUCGCAGCAGACGAUCGUACAAAGCAGGACGAAAUAACUGCGGGAAAACAUAUUGAUAUAGACAUGUCUGAAGAGACAGAAAACCCGAGAGCCUCCGAUCCUAUACGAUGUCCAACACCUCGUGAAGGAGAAAAGACAGUGGUGCACCUUUCGUCAUAUCUAUCUGUGGAGUCGGCAGAUAGUGAGGCAGAUUAUUCUGCGGUUACUAAUGGCGGUUACACACCAUACUGUACGGAAGUACCGGGAAGCUGUGGCGAUGCCGAUAAGCAGAAUGAUUUUUCAAAUGCAAACGAUGCAAAAAGCGACGGUGCCGACAGUGUUUUCGCCGACGCUGAGCGUCAGUCGACAGGAAGCAGUCAAUCUGGAGAGGCUCCCAGUCCGUUUGAGACGGCAGACGCCACGAAGAUUUCAGCCAGUAACCGGAGAACACAAUCCUCUUCUUCUUCUUCUGAAUCAGGAGUUAGGAGGCCCUCGCUUGUCGGCGCUUUCACCAGUGCGGCGUCAGGCCACAAACAAACUGGAAACCGCCCUCAGCAAAAGAUGGUCCGAAGUAAGUCGACCACGGCGUCGGAUCACGCUCACAAAGAUGGCCACUACCGGGACAGCAUCGCCAGCCGAAUACGCCUCGAGCACGCGCGGACACCCCUGCCGGAUCCAGGUCCACCACCGAUGGACUACUUGACCCCCUUGCAGAAAAAGGACCAAAUGAUCAAAGAUUUGAAAGCGGAUCUUAAGGGCGCACAGAACCAACUCGCUGCCAUGGAAGCGGACAGAGAGAAACGCGACAAGGAGAUGGAGGCCACGUGGAAAGCAAUCGUCGACGCCAAAGAUCGCGAGAUUGAGGACCUUAAAUGGCGCCUUGACCAGACGGAAUCGGAAAAAACGGCGCACAUGAAGAAAAAAUGUGGACUUAAGCCAAAAGGUGGUUCAGCUGGAAGAUAUGAUACAGAAUCUAAAGAAGACGAUGCAAAGAAAUGACGAAGAGACGCAGGCGAUGUACUUCAAGAUGUAUGAGAAGGGGAAAGCUAGUGCCGAAUUUGAGCGUCAGGAAGAGGUUGAAAAACUUGCCGCCGAGGCCCCCCAAACAGUGACCGAUCAAGAGAUCCUGCGAAAGCUUAAGCGCACUGAAAAACAACUCGAGAGAUGGCAGUCUUUGAAACGGGAUGAAAUUUACAAGAACGGCGCGCCAGUGACAGACGCGGAGGUCAAGGUCAGAUUUAUGAAGGACGCCAUGUUUCACUUUCUAACCGACUCUAAGGAUAGACUACAGCAUCUGCGGGCUAUGGUGAAUAUAUUUGAUUACACGGAAGUCCAGAACCAAGUGAUUGCAGAUGCCUUGAAGAAGAAAAAGAUCGACGUUUUAAAUGCAAAUUUUGUGAAAUGAACGGAGCUGAGAGCAGGUGGUCUUAAUAAAAUUCAGUUUCAA